GGGCGGGGCUGCAGCCACCGGAGCCGCAGGCCGGGCCGGGCGGGGCUGAGCGGCGGGCGUGCCGCGCUCCGGAGCGUCGCCGGGCUGCCGGCCGCCGAGCAUGUUCGCCCCGAGAGCCGCGCCCCUGAGAGCGACGGGCCGCCCGCCCCGCCCCGCCGCCACGGCCAGCUCCGCGCCCAGGCCGGGUUGAGCCAGGGGCUCGGGUCGGCUGGGGGCCGUCGCUGGCUCCCGCGCUGUCCGCUGCCCCCUUUGGCCCCGCCGCGGGAGCCUCAGACCUGGGCACCACCGCCGAGGUCCAGGCACGCGAAGAAGCCCCGCCCCUCCGCGGUGGAUCUACGGGGACACAUCUCACUUUCAUCAACACUGCUGAAAGAAGAAGAAACAAUGCCAGUGUUAUCCCCUGAAAUCAAAUUUGAUACUUCUAAUGUCACCAGAAAUUCCCUUGACUGUUUUCUGUUUGAGAGUAGUUGGAGGAAAGCAGUUUUGGAAACACAAAAAAUGAAGAAAGCAUUUGGUCUAGAAGAGCUCAAAGAAUGUGUCAAAAUGCCAUAUUUACCAGGACUGCAAAGGUGCCAAAAAAGUGUAAGUUCAAGUCCACUGGAAGUUCAUCCAAGACUGCUGGAUACUGAUACCGAGAUGCCUCCAGUCAGCCCUUCUGGUGACAACCUGUCGAGUUGCCUGCAAGUAUUUUAUUCUCCUCUGCAUAUUGCACAGUGUCCUGUGAGGGAACAACCGUGGCAAAGCAGGACAAGGAAGACUAAGGAGACAUGCACUGUAGUACCAAUUCAGGAGAAACCAAAGGAAUAAGAGGAGAGAGAGUAGGACAGAAACACUAUUUACAUACUGACUGAUAAGUUCCCAAAUUGAUGAAAAAUACAAAGGCACAGAUACAAGAAGUUCUAUGAAUCCUCAGCAGGAUAGAAACAAAGAAAACCACAGGUAGGCACAUCAUAAGAAAAAGACUGAAUUAAAACAAAACAAAACAAAACAAAAAACCCAAAAGAGAAAAAACAAAUGUUACUUUCAAAGGAGCAAUGGUAAGACACACAACUGACUUUUUAAAUGUAGACAAUGGAAGCAAGAAGACAGUGGAAUGGCAUUUUCAAGUGGUAAAAGAGAGUAACUGCCAAACUUGAAUUGUAUUCAAUUCAGUGAAAAUAUUUUUAAAAGUAAAAGUGAAACAAAUACAUUUUCAUUCAGAUAGAAGUUGAAAGAAUUUCUUUUCUGCAGAGCUUCACUAAAAAAUAUUAAUGGAGUAAUGAUACAAAAUGAAAGUACAACUUGGGAAAGAAUGAAAAGCGGUAGCGGUAGUGUUACGAAGUUUAAAAAUAUAUGUAGAAAUAAUAUACUUGACAAUAGUAGCACAGAGGUAGGAGGGGCAUAUGUGGAGUUAAAAUAUUGUAAGAUACUUGCAUUAUCUGGAAAAUGGUGAAAUAACAAAGUAGAUUGUAAUAUAUCAAAGAGACGUGAUAAUCUGGUAACCACUAAAAGAACAAUAAAAUAAUACAAGUAACAAGCUAAUAAUAGAAAGGGGAAAUAUGAUAAAUAACAAGAAAAUACUUGAUCAUUUCAAAAGAGGACAAGAAAGGAGGAAAAAAGGAACAUAAAACACAGGACAAAUAGAAAACAACUAGUGAGAUAGAAGAUUUAAAGUUAAACAUAACAACAAUUACAUUAGAUAUAAGCAGACUAGAUAUUUCAAUGAAAGAACAAAGUAUCAGACUGAGAAAAAUAACUAUAUGUUGCUUACAAGAGGCAUACCUUAAAUUUAAGGGCAAGAAGGAUCAAAAGUGCAAGGAUGGAAAAAUAUA